AUGAUGACGCAAUGGGAACAAACGUGGGCAGCCGCGGCAAAGAACGACAACAUCCUAGGUAACAUAUCACCAGGACAUAAACCCACAAGAUUUGACCUACAGCGAAAUCUGUGGUGCACACUUAAUAGAAUACGAACUUCGCACGGUAGAUGUGCAGAUUCCUUGCACAAAUGGGGCAUGAGAGACUCACCAGAAUGUGACUGUGGAGCAGAGAAGCAGACCAUGUAUCAUAUAACUUUUGUAUAUCCUAUCCACGCCUACCAAGGUCCCAGAAUCGACUGCCUCACAACCCCUCCAAAAUGUAUUAAAUGCCUGGAGGAACUAAAACUAGAUCUCUAA